AUGGGUGACGGUGGUGUCCUGCUCACCGCACUUGUCCUGCUGCUGGCCGCCGUGGCUGUCUGCUGGGCCAUCGGCCACUGGCAACCACGGCGGCGGCACACACGGACAGCAGCGACGAGGAGCAAGCGCUCCCGCGUCCGGCCCAGAGGCUCUCGGAGGAAGCGAGGAGCCCCCGCAGCUCCCAGGUCCUGCGGGCCUCGGGCCACCUCUCACAAGCGGCCACGCGCUCCCGCCAGCCCCACGCGCAGCGCCUGCAGCUGCCGCCGCUGCACGGCAGUGGCCCGCGAGCUGCAGGAACUGAUGCUGCUGCUCUGGGCUGGCACUGGGACACGUGUGCCGCUCUACGCGGGGAUGUGGCAGGCGCUGUGGGAAGGACUGGAGGAGCUGGGGAAGCGAGGCCACCUGCCCUGCUGCGGCUCCUUCAGAUCCUCCACAAGCCUCCGUCCCCGCAAGAGGCUGCUCCCAGCAAGACUCUCCAUCCCUGGGAGCGCCUCAACCCCUGCAAGGAUGGCACAGCAGCGGAGACCCGCCAUCCACGCAGGAGGUGCAGGCUGUCAGAGACCCUCCAUCCUGCCAGGAGCCUCUGCUAUCUCUGACAGCCUCCAUCCCUCACAGAGGCUCAGUGAGACCUGUCGGCCUGCAGAAGGUGCAGAGCCCAUGCACAGGUCUCCCAGCUCCCUUGGGCUCACGGACUUCAAGGGCACAACCCCGAGCCUUGACGUGGCCAGGGAAAGCCCUGAAGUCCAGAUGGGAGCCCAGCCCGAGGCAGGGGAGCUCCAAGAGACCUGUCGGCCUGCAGAAGGUGCAGAGCCCAUGCACAGGUCUCCCAGCUCCCUUGGGCUCACGGACUUCAAGGGCACAACCCCGAGCCUUGACGUGGCCAGGGAAAGCCCUGAAGUCCAGAUGGGAGCCCAGCCCGAGGCAAGGGAGCUUUCCCAGGAGCAGCUGGCGGAGCAGCCAGCGUCCUGGCACCAGCAGGUGUCAUCCCGCAGGUCCCAGGACGCUGUGUUGGCUGUGCCAGCUGGCAACAGCCCCAGCCUGGUGGUGGAGCCGAUCCUUGAGACACCAAGGAGUCUCCUCCAUCCCCAGGAAGCUGCCGCACCACGGCUCUCGACUACCUCGAAGGCCUUCGUAAGAGCAGCUGCUCCUGGGACGCCCCCGGGCGAAGCCUCGGGCUGUAGCCCCGGCCGGCCACAAGAGCUGAGCGCGGCCCACGACGCCGGGGAUAGAGACGGGCGAAAGAAGGAGCUGCAGGAGCUCUACCAGCUGGGCCCGCAGCUGGGCAGCGGCGGCUUCGGCACCGUUUUCUCGGGCAUCCGCCUCUCGGACGGGAGGCCGGUGAUGAGCGGGGCCAGCGGCACAGAGCGGGCUGUGCCCCAAGCGUCCCCCGGGCGGGAUGAAUCCCCAUCACCAGGGAGGCUGCCCGAGGGGCCACGGGGGCAUGCCAGGCAGGGCCCGGCGCAGCCACAGGGCAGCGUCAGGCCCGCUGUAGGCGCUGUCUCCUCCUCACAGCCCGACGGCACCUGCGUUCCGAUGGAGAUCGCGCUCAUGGAGAAGGUGGGCUCCGGCUGCCGCUUCAUCAUCCAGCUGCUGGACUGGUUUGAGCUGCCUGACAGCUUCGCGCUGGUGAUGGAGCGUCCGGAGCGGUCGCGGGAUCUCCUGCAGCUCCUGCGGGAGCACGGGUUCCUGAGCGAGGACAAGGCGCGCUGGCUCUUCUGCCAGGUGCUGUGCGCCGUGCAGCACUGCACCGCCUGCGGCGUCCUGCACCGGGACAUCAAGCUGGAGAACCUCCUCGUGGACCCGGCAUGCGGAGAUCUGAAGCUGAUUGACUUCGGCUGCGGCACCUUCCUCCAGGAGCGAGCCUUCACGCGAUUUGCCGGUGAGCCGAGAGCCCCAGCCCGGGCCCUGCUCCCGGUGCCGGGCACUGCACGGCCCCGUUCCCUCCUCGGCCGUGGCCGUGGGGGGCGGCGUUCAGCCGGCUGCCGCCAGCCCUGUUGCACGGGGCGGAGCCGUGUCCCAGGAGCCGGCUGCCGGCCCUGCCCACACGGGGCGGGGGCCGCCAAAGCCGGGCCCCGGCCGCUCGGCUCGGCAGCCCUGCGAGGGCUGGGGCUGCCCCGUCGGCCUUGUCUGCCUUGCAGAAGGGGUUCUUGGCUUGGGCCGGAGGGCGCGGAGUGGCCUCGGGGGUGGGGGGAGGUUGUGGCCGGCAGUGCAGCCCCUGCCUCUGGCAGGAGGCUGGCGCCAGGCUCUGGAAGGCAGCAGCCUGCGGCUGGACAGCGCUGCCUGUGUCCCCUAGGAACACAGGCGUACAGCCCGCCCGAGUUGGUCGCCAUGGGCUGCUACCGCGGCGAUUCGGCCACCGUGUGGUCCCUGGGCGUGCUGCUGUACGCAAUGGUGUGCGGGAGCCUCCCCUUCGAGGACAACCGCGCCAUCGUGCUGGGGCAGCUCUUCUUCGGGCCGCAGGUCUCUCCAGGUUGGUACCCGGCCUCAAGCGGGCGGCUUUGGCAGACGGCAGCGCGCAGCCCGGCGCGGCCCUCCCGCAGCUCCGCGGCCCCUGCCCUCAAGGGCCGGCCGCAGGCAGGAGGCGGCCCGUGCCGCCGGGCUCCGUGUGGCACACGCCGCCUGAAGGAGGGGGCCGUGUCCCGCCGGGCCGCCCUCCCGCACCGGGCACCGGCGGCGCUCUGGGCCCGGCGCGGCUCUGAGCACACGCAGCACGGCCCGGGCCCCGCGGGCGUCGGGGGGCGCCGGGCACGAGCCUUCUGCAAGUGACCGCCGCUUUCUGCCUCCUCUCCGCAGAGUGCCAGCACCUCAUCUGCUGGUGUCUGUCCAAGCACCCCGCGGACAGGCCACAGCUGGAGGAGAUCUUGCGCCACCCUUGGCUGCGGGGCUGGCGGUUUUGAGGCCUUGCCAGAGCCUCUGCAGCACCCAGGUACCCGGGCCCAGGCAGGACUCAAUAAAAGAAAAAAACACCAAACCAACCACAAACCAAAAAAUAAAACAACCACCAACCCAUUCCCGGCUGUCAGGUCUGGUGCUAUUUGGGACCAUUUCCACUCCGAGCCGAGCCCCAAUGUCCCCUCAUAAUGACCGCCAGCUUGAGGGAGGAGCCGCCAUUUAAGGGAAGCCGUGAGGGGCAAGCAGUCACCCCGCAAAGAAAUGGGGGUAAUCUGGGAAAACACCCACACAUAUCAAACACCCACCAGCUCCCCGAGUGAGGAGGGACCCUGGCAACUCCCAGAGUGACGCCAGCUCCUCUGGUCACUUUUGAAACGUCACCCCCGAAGGGCACGGGAGCAGGUGAUUCCCCAAUGUCAGCAGGCAAGCAGGUGAGGCAGAGGGCUGGCUUGCCUGAACAGGCAUCUUCUCUGGGAAAUAGCAUGGAAAAGGAAGCUGUGUGCCCAGUGGAAAGCAGGUCACAGAUGCUUCUUGCCACUGAAGGGAGAGAUUUGGUGUGGCGAAAGCUCAGCUGGAGAUGAAGGUGGCCAGAAAUGUGAGGCACAAUAAAAAGCAGUGUUUUCAAAUACAUUAAAGGGAAAAAAAAUCAUUGUAAAAGUAACAUUGUCCCCUACCAGGAUGUGGAUGGUCACCUCACAGACAGGGGCAGAGACACGGUACAGGUGUUUAAUGCAUUCUUUGCCUCUGUCUUCAACACUCAUCCCUCCCUUCCCAGUGGAAAACGGUGCAUUGUAGCAAGGGACACAGCAGAGUUUUGGAAGAGGGCAAGCCCUGCUCAGCAGAAACCAAACCACCCCUGUUUGAUUCACAGCAUUCCCAUCCAAGCCCAACACAGGCCAGCUUCUUGGAAGAAAGGAAGCCUAUCCCAGUCAAAACCAGAGCGGUGGGAGCACCAUGAGCGGUCUUUAACAAAUCCUGAUUUAUUUAGAUCAGAGGCACUGCAGAGGUCAGGGAGCUGCAAACAAAUAACUCUUCCAGCCCUCGACCACCGUCUCAGGAGAGCUCCCCAGAGACAGAGGAACUUCCUUUGUGUCUGAAGGAUCUUCCCAGGCAGAGAGGAGUGGGUAUUUCCAGUUGGUAACGCUGCAGGGUCUUGGGAGCUGUGGACUUGACACGGCUGGCACCAGCACUCUUCCUGAUGUGCCACCACUUGCUCCAGGAAAGGAUUCAUUGGAACAGGCUGACCUCUGCUUCUUACUUCCAGGCUUUUUCUGGCCACGGCCAUCUUCAGGGAUGAGCCAGUUCUGCCGAGCCCUGAGGCGGGCGGGGCACUGACGGCACAAAGGGGCCGAGCGCUGGCGUGAGGCAGGGCUGUGAUGUUACAGGGGGUCCUGGCCACAGCACUGUGACAUCACCCGCCACCCCUAUAUAAGCCGGGCCAGCCCCCGCAGCCGCCAGUGCGGUUGCCAUGGGACGUGCCGGAGCCAUGGGUGACGGUGGUGUCCUGCUCACCGCACUUGUCCUGCUGCUGGCCGCCGUGGCUGUCUGCUGGGCCAUCGGCCACUGGCAACCACGGCGGCGGCACACACGGACAGCAGCGACGAGGAGCAAGCGCUCCCGCGUCCGGCCCAGAGGCUCUCGGAGGAAGCGAGGAGC